AUGGGGGCUAGGAAGUUGAUCGUUGUCGGGGUUGGACCGCUCGGUUGCAUACCGUUUGUUCGAGCAUUCAAUCUAUUGCCGAGUGGAAAAUGCUCGAGGAGGGUGAAUGCAUUGAUACAAGCCUAUAAUCAUAGACUAAAACUGCUAUUGAAUCGUUUAAAUCAGGAGAUGGGACCUGAUGCCAUCUUUGUCUUUGCAAACUCCUAUGAUGUUUUCAUGGACAUCUUAGCUAACUAUCGCAGAUUUGGAUUUGAGAAUGAGGAUGAACCGUGUUGCGGUGGGUAUUUUCCACCGUUCGUUUGCUUUCAGAGAGGCGACGCAAACGCCACCGCUUCAGCUUUAUGCGACUAUCGAUCCAAGUACGUGUUUUGGGAUGCGUAUCACCCCACCGAAGAUGCUAAUCUUAUCAUUGCCAAACAGUUGGUUGAUGGUGAUGAAAGCGUUAGCUUUCCGUUCAAUAUUCGCCAGCUUUACAAUUGCAAUUAG